CUUCUGUGGCUGAAAAUGUUCGCCUUAGAAUGGCGUCGUCUUCUUAUUGUAUUGACUUUUUUGGUAUACGAGGUAAAAUCAGCUUCAAAUGAUGUCGAAGGAUACAUCAUCAACCAGGAAGAUCCGCCGACUCUGUUCCAAGCUCAACAUGGUAAACGAUCAAAAAGCCUGGAGUGUCCAUCCGAAAAUGUGAUUGAAACCCGCUACCGAUGCAAGAGUGAUGGCUUUUGGACGGAUUGUGUUCGUCAGUCUUGCUGUGAAGGAUACACCCUGAUUUUAGGGCGAUGUGUCCCAAAAGACACGGAUCCUUGUUCUUUGAAUCUGUGUCCUCAAAUAUGUUCUGUGUCCUUUGGUCGCGUCUUUUGUACAUGUUUCUCUGGAUUUACUUUUAAUCGGGAAAAGCAUGAACAAGGACACAGCCAACCCUGUGAAGACGUGGAUGAGUGUUCUCAAGACAACGGGGGAUGUGCUCAUCUUUGCGUGAAUGAACAAGGAGGAUAUACCUGUGGUUGCCGAGAUGGCUUUCAAUUGGAUCAAUCGGAUAAUCGGACGUGCCUAUCGUUGGAACAUCCGGCAUAUCGAUCGGGAUCCAAUCAAUGCUUUGCCAGCUGCAUUACCGUACAAAACUUGAAAACGACAAUGGAAACAAUGGAGGAGAGAAUUCGAACCCUGUCCACUGCCCUGAGUCUGUACAAGGUGUCAUCAGGUGCUCCUGGCCCCGAGGGAGAACCCGGACCCCCUGGUCCAGCAGGACCACGAGGCUUCCCUGGACCGGCAGGAAGCCCUGGCGGAAUCAUGAACGACCAGCAAAUGGACAGCGACGACUUGGAACAACAAACUGAGGACGAUCCUGACCAUGCGGUGCUGGAUUCCUACAAGAUGGCGAAAUCCGGUAAAAAGCGACACUUUUGCAAGUGCAAAAGAGGACCCGUGGGUCCUCCAGGAGCACAAGGCACUUCUGGUUCAUCUGGACCACGUGGACCUCAAGGUUUGACGGGCCAAAAAGGUGAACCCGGCUCCUUUGACUUUCUUUUGCUUAUGGUGGCGGACCUCCGGCAUGAUAUUGAAUUGCUAAUGGAUCACGUGUUCAAAGAUACAUACAAACCUUCAGGGUAUGAUUUUCGAAUCAGACCAGAUGCGGCUUGGACAGCAAAGCUACCUGGAGGGCCGCCCAUUGAUAACAUGGCGGCUGCCUGGGAAGACUCGGACUCCAUUCACAAAGAUGAUUAAUAUACGUACCUUCAAAGCACA